AUUGGAGGUGAUUGCAGCUCCGUGCGCGCUCCCGCACGCUCCAUCGUCACAGCACACACCGGAAAACAGCUGAUGUCAUUGAGAGAACGACACACUGCCACCGAUAACCGGGAAUAUACACACUUAUCGCGUAACCCCUAAGGUACUGAUACAGCAUCACGCUCCCCCUCUCUAUCUCUGGCUGGUCUCUCUGCCCCCCUCUGACCUGGGGAUGAAUGCACCAAUGAGGAGCCAGCUCACAGGUAUGCCUGAUCGCAUGUUAUGUGCAGUGCUGGAGCAAUUUCAGCUUUACUUUUCCCUUUGAUCCACUCUCUGUAUAGUACAGCCAGCCCCAGCAUGCUGAAGAGGAAGCAGAGCUCGAGGGUUGAGGCCCAGCCCAUGACUGACUUUGGGCCUGACGAAACCCUCGCCGACAGUGCCGACAUCUUCUGGAUCAACAAACCAUGGGUGCACUCUCUGCUGCGAGCCUGUGCCAUCAUCAGCGUCAUCAGCGUGUGUAUGAACACACCCAAGACGUUCGAGCACUACCCCCCGCUUCAGUACGUGACCUUUACCCUGGACACGCUGCUCAUGUUCCUCUACACCGCUGAGAUGAUCGCCAAGAUGCACAUCAGAGGAAUCAUCAAGGGUGAUAACUCAUACGUCAAGGAUCGCUGGUGUAUGUUUGACGGCUUCAUGGUCUUCUUCCUCUGGGUGUCUCUGGUGCUUCAGGUGUUUGAGAUAGCGGAUGUUGUUGACCAGAUGUCUCCCUGGGGCAUGUUGAGAAUCCCCAGAGCCCUCAUCAUGAUCCGAGCCUUCAGGAUCUACUUCCGCUUCGAGCUGCCACGCUCACGCAUCACCAACAUCCUCAAGCGAUCAGGGGAACAGAUCUGGAGUGUGUCUAUAUUCUUGCUCUUCUUCCUCCUUCUGUAUGGAAUUCUGGGAGUUCAGAUGUUUGGAACGUUCAAUCAUCACUGUGUUACCAACGACACAACGAAUGGUACUGUGACAUGGAACAGCCUGGCCAUCCCCGACACCCACUGUUCGCCAGACGGGGAGGGCUACCUGUGUCCUUUGGGCUUUAAGUGUGUGGACUUGGAAGAACUGGGGCUCAGCAGACAGGAGCUGGGCUACAGCGGCUUCAACGAGCUCGGUACCAGUAUCUUCACCGUGUACGAGGCAGCCUCUCAGGAGGGCUGGGUGUUCCUUAUGUACAGAGCCAUCGACAGUUUCCCUCGCUGGCGCUCCUACUUCUACUUCAUCACGCUCAUCUUUUUCCUCGCCUGGCUUGUCAAGAAUGUUUUCAUUGCGGUCAUCAUUGAAACGUUUGCUGAGAUCAGAGUUCAGUUCCAGCAGAUGUGGGGGUCCCGAAGCAGCACCACCUCUACUGCUACCACACAGAUGUUCCACGAGGACUCGGCUGGAGGAUGGCAGCUUGUUGCUGUGGACGUCAACAAACCACAUGGCCGCGCACCAGCCUGCCUCCAGCAACUGAUGCGCUCCUCCAUCUUCCACAUGUUUAUUCUGACUAUGGUUGCCGUAGACGUAAUCGUUGCCGCUAGCAACUACUACAAGGGCGAGAACCACCAAAGGCACUAUGACGAGUUCUACCUGGCUGAGGUUGCCUUUACAGUGCUGUUUGACCUGGAGGCUAUGCUUAAGGUCUGGUGCCUGGGCUUCACGGGCUACAUCAUCUCCUCUCUGCACAAGUUUGAGUUGCUGCUGGUGGUGGGGACCACCCUGCACAUCUACCCUGACCUCUACCACUCCCAGUUCACCUACUUCCAGGUACUGCGAGUGGUGCGUCUGAUAAAGAUCUCCCCGGCACUAGAGGACUUUGUGUACAAGAUAUUUGGUCCCGGUAAGAAGCUGGGCAGCUUGGUGGUGUUCACAGCGAGCCUGCUCAUAGUCAUGUCCGCCAUCAGUCUACAGAUGUUCUGCUUCGUGGAGGAACUGGACCGAUUCACCACCUUUCCCAGAGCAUUCAUGUCUAUGUUCCAGAUCUUAACCCAGGAGGGUUGGGUGGAUGUGAUGGACCAAACUCUUGUGGCUGUUGGUCAAAUGUGGGCUCCUGUAGUGGCUAUCUACUUCAUCCUCUACCAUCUGUUCGCUACUCUGAUUCUGCUCAGCCUUUUCGUGGCCGUCAUCCUUGAUAAUCUAGAGUUGGAUGAAGACUUGAAGAAACUCAAACAACUGAAGCAAAGUGAGGCGAACGCAGAUACCAAAGAGAAGCUGCCCCUACGUCUAAGGAUCUUUGAGAAGUUUCCUAAUCGGCCGCAGAUGGUCAAGAUCUCCAAGCUGCCUUCUGAUUUCACUGUGCCCAGAAUCAGGGAGAGUUUCAUGAAGCAGUUCAUCGAUCGGCAGCAGCAGGACACCAGCUGUCUGUUCCGCCGCCUUCCUUCCGCAUCCUCCUCUUCCUGUGACCAUUCCAAGCGAUCCGCCAUAGAAGACAACAAAUGCAUGGACCAGAAGCUCCGCAGGUCAAUAUUCAGUAUCAGAGCUCGCAACCUCCUGGAGAAGGAAACUACUAUCAAUAAAAUCCUCCGGGCUUGUACCAGACAGCGUAUGCUGAGUGGAUCCUUUGAGGGCCAACCACUGAAAGAGCGCUCCAUCCUCAGUGUCCAACACCAUAUACGCCAAGAACGCAGGUCUCUGAGACAUGGCUCCACUAGUCAGAGGAUCAGCAGAGGAAAGUCCCUGGAGACACUCACACAAGAUCGAGAGUCAGAGCAGAGAUCGCACUGGCACCCGCAUUCCAGUACAGUGCGUUAUCGUAACGCCCAGCGAGAAGAUAGUGAGAUCAAGAUGAUCCAGGAGAAAAAGGAGCAGGCCGAGAUGAAGCGGAAGGUCCAGGAAGAGGAACUGAGGGAGAACCAUCCUUACUUUGACAAACCUCUCUUCAUUGUGGGGAGAGAGCACCGCUUCAGAAACUUCUGUAGGACUGUAGUGCGGGCACGCUUCAAUGCCUCCAAAACAGAUCCUAUAACAGGAGCGGUGAACUCCAAAUACCACCAGCUUUAUGAUCUCCUGGGGCUGGUCACCUAUCUGGACUGGGUGAUGAUUGUAGUGACAAUCUGCUCCUGUAUCUCCAUGAUGUUUGAGUCUCCUUUCACCAGGGUCAUGCAUGUACCCACUCUACAGAUAGGAGAGUAUGUCUUUGUCAUCUUCAUGAGUAUCGAGCUGAACCUGAAGAUCAUGGCGGACGGCCUGUUCUUUACUCCCACAGCCGUCAUCAGAGACUUUGGAGGAGUCAUGGACAUCUUCAUCUACCUCUGUAGUCUAAUCUUCCUGUGUUGGCUGCCUCCUAACGUGCCUCCGGAGUCUGGGGCUCAGCUGUUGAUGAUGCUGAGGUGUCUUCGCCCGCUACGCAUCUUUAAACUGGUGCCCCAGAUGAGGAAGGUGGUGCGGGAGGUCAUCAAGGGCUUCAAGGAGAUUUUCCUGGUCUCCAUCCUGCUCCUGACACUAAUGCUGGUGUUUGCAAGCUUUGGCGUCCAGCUCUUUGCUGGAAAACUAGCCAAGUGCAAUGACCCCCACGUAUUCCUUCGGGAGGACUGCCAUGGAAUCUUCCGGAUCAACGUGAGUGUGUCUAAAAACCUCAAUCUCAAACUAAGACCAGGAGAGAAGAAGCCUGGCUUCUGGGUGCCAAGAGUGUGGGCCAACCCUCGCAACUUUAAUUUUGACAAUGUGGGUAAUGCCAUGCUGGCUUUGUUUGAGGUCCUGUCACUCAAAGGCUGGGUGGAGGUCCGUGAUGUCAUCAUUCACCGCGUUGGACCGAUCCAUGGUAUCUACAUCCACGUGUUUGUCUUUCUGGGCUGUAUGAUUGGACUCACUCUGUUUGUCGGAGUGGUCAUCGCUAACUUCAAUGAGAACAAGGGUACUGCUCUGCUGACAGUGGACCAGAGGAGGUGGGAGGACCUGAAGAGUCGACUGAAGAUUGCCCAGCCUCUCCACCUCCCCCCACGCCCAGAGAAUGCAGGGUUCCGUGCCAAGAUGUAUGACAUCACUCAGCACCCCUUCUUCAAACGGGGUAUCGCUGUGCUGGUUUUGGCCCAGUCAGUGCUGCUGUCUGUCAAGUGGGACGUAGAUGACCCAGUAACAAUGCCACUUGCUACCAUGUCAGUGGUCUUCACCAUUAUCUUUGUGUUAGAGGUGACGAUGAAGUUCAUAGCUAUGUCCCCGGCGGGGUACUGGCAGAGCAGACGGAACCGCUACGAUUUACUGGUGACAAUACUGGGAGUCAUCUGGAUAGUCUUGCACUUUGCUCUACUGAAUGCAUAUACUUACAUGAUGGGCACCUGUGUGAUCGUCUUCAGGUUCUUCACCAUCUGUGGGAAGCAUGUGACUCUGAAGAUGCUACUGCUGACAGUCGUGGUCAGUAUGUAUAAAAGCUUCUUCAUCAUCGUGGGAAUGUUCCUCCUCCUCCUCUGCUACGCCUUCGCUGGAGUCGUCCUAUUCGGAACCGUCAAAUACGGAGAGAACAUCAACAGGCAUGCUAACUUCUCCACGGCAGGCAAGGCCAUCACGGUUCUGUUCCGUAUUGUCACUGGGGAAGACUGGAAUAAGAUCAUGCAUGACUGCAUGGUGCAGCCUCCUUUCUGUACCCCCGAUAAUCAUCGCUACUGGGAGACGGACUGUGGGAACUACGCAGGGGCACUCAUCUACUUUUGCUCCUUCUAUGUCAUCAUUGCUUACAUCAUGCUUAACCUCCUCGUGGCCAUCAUCGUGGAGAACUUCUCUCUCUUCUACUCCACUGAGGAGGACCAGCUACUGAGCUACAACGACCUCCGACACUUUCAGAUUAUCUGGAACAAUGUGGACGACAAGAGAGAGGGAGUGAUCCCAACAUCGCGGGUGAAGUUCCUGCUGCGUCUGCUGAGGGGCAGGCUAGAGGUAGACCUGGAUAAGGACAAGCUGCUGUUCAAACACAUGUGCUAUGAGAUGGAGAGGCUGCACAACGGAGGAGACGUCACCUUCCACGACGUGCUCAGUAUGUUGUCAUACCGCUCAGUGGAUAUUAGGAAGUCUCUACAGCUGGAGGAGCUGUUGGCUAGAGAGCAGCUGGAGUACACCAUAGAAGAAGAGGUGGCCAAGCAGACCAUACGCAUGUGGCUCAAGAAGUGCCUCAAACGCAUCCGUGCUAAGCAGCAGCAGUCGUGCAGCAUCAUCCACAGCCUGAGAGAGAGCCAGCAGCAGGAGCUCAGUCGCUUCCUCAACCCCCCCAGCAUACAGACCACCCUGCCUAGUGAGGACAUCAACGCUAACCAGGACCAUUCAACACAGCCAGAGUUGAGUGGUCUCCAACAGCUGCUGAGUCCUACUCUGUCAGACCGUGGGGGAUACAGACAGGACUCCUCAGAACGCCCUCAGAGGAAACUGGGUCAGUGGAGACUACCUGCAGGUCGUACCAGUGUCAAGUCCAUGGUGUGUAAGAUGAACCCUGUGAGUGACGAAGCUUCCUCGGGGUCAGAGGUCAAGAAAUGGUGGACGCGUCAGCUGACCGUUGAGAGUGACGAGAGUGGUGAUGACCUCAUAGAUAUUUAAAGGGGAAACUCAGAAAAUUCAACCACGCUCACAUAUCGAACGAGAACUAGGUUAGACUACUAUAGCUCAAUAGUGUCAAUACAGUACUCUGGUGGUUGAAACGUUUCUUGAAACGUUCUUUCAAGGUUUUUUCAAGCAUAUCCCAUUCAUACUUGAAUGAUUGGGGAAGUGACAGCGUGGACAUCCUUCUCACAAGUCUCUCCAUCAGCAGCCAUCUUACGUCUGUGGGAUGUUAGGAUCAGUUUUUCUCAAAAUGGUGGCUUGUGGACACAGGAAAAUGUCUCUUGGGUUGCAGUUAAGGCCAUUUCAAGAACGUUGAUCGUUAGAAACAAAGCUUUAGAUGUUUGGUUUAAAGACUGUAUAUGAAUGUACAAAGCCAAUCCCAUGGCAUCAUUAAUUCCUAUGUGAAGACUCAAUAGCCCAUUUGAAGCCAAAAAUGUCAGUUAAUAUGGCGUCUAAAGAAUACAUAACAUACGCAGUUUGAGCUACUCCAGGACGUGACAUUGCAGGAUAGCUCAGUGCUUCCCCCUCUCAUUGAGUGUAAACAUGUCGUCCCCCACGAAUGAUGCAGCGUCCCCCUUGGGCCAAUCCAUGUAAUUUUGUAAAUGAUGGAUCUGUAUGGCAAGACUCAUCAUUCACAGUUUAAUGAAAAUCGCCAAGUGGUAUCUGAGAUUUUGCAUGUGACUUAUGCCCGUACAGUUGAUUACUAUAGUACACCCUUUGGCCAAUCAGUGUAAUUUUGGAAAUGGCGGAUCUAUGUAGCAAGAUGCAUCAUUCACCCAAGUUUAGUCAAUCUCGGGCCAGUGGUGUUUGAUAAAUCGUUUGGGUAAGCUAGACUCAUAUCCCUGAGCAUGGGUGCCAAAUUUAAUCACUUAGUCAAACAGAUCAAGAGAUAUAAACAUGUACCUGUUAUUGCACCACCGUGUAGUCGAUAUGAUUGUUCUUGCAUAUCUUUGAACAGUUUAAACAGUGUUUGGAACAUGUGUACCAAAUAUUGUUACAAUAAGGAUAUCCUUAACUGAUUUAAAUGCAUUUAUGUGCCAGACCACGCCCGUGUGAAUGUUUAUUGGUCAAUAGCAGCCGCGUUGUUUUAGGUACUAGUCUGGAAAGGAAUGCGUUGAGAACUUUUCCCAAUGAUGCCACAUAUCAAGUUUCGUGCAGAUCGGUCAUUCGGUGCCAGAGGAGUAGCGUUUUAAGAUCACGUUUCGUGCAGAUCGGUCAUUCGGUGCCAGAGGAGUAGCGUUUUAAGAUCAAGUUUCGUGCAGAUCGGUCAUUCGGUGCCAGAGGAGUAGCGUUUUUAGAUCACGUUUCGUGCAGAUCGGUCAUUUGGUGCCAGAGGAGUAGCGUUUUAAGAUCAAGUUUCGUGCAGAUCGGUCAUUCGGUGCCAGAGGAGUAGCGUUUUAAGAUCACGUUUCGUGCAGAUCGGUCAUUUGGUGCCAGAGGAGUAGCGUUUUAAGAUCAAGUUUCGUGCAGAUCAGUCAUUCGGUGCCAGAGGAGUAGUGUUUUAACAUCACGUUUCGUGCAGAUUGGUCAUUCGGUGCCAGAGGAGUAGCGUUUUAAGAUCACGUUUCGUGCAGAUCGGUCAUUUGGUGCCAGAGGAGUAGCGUUUUAAGAUCAAGUUUCGUGCAGAUCAGUCAUUCGGUGCCAGAGGAGUAGUGUUUUAACAUCACGUUUCGUGCAGAUUGGUCAUUCGGUGCCAGAGGAGUAGCGUUUUAAGAUCACGUUUUGUGCAGAUCGGUCAUUCGGUGCCAGAGGAGUAGCGUUUUAAGAUCAAGUUUCAUGCAGAUCGGUCAUUCGGUGCCAGAGAAGUAGCGUUUUAAGAUCACGUUUCGUGGAGAUCGGUUAUUCGGUGCCAGAGAGGUAGCGUUUUAAGAUCAAGUUUCGUGCAGAUCGGUCAUUUGGUGCCAGAGGAGUAGCGUUUUAAGAUCACGUUUCAUGCAGAUCGGUCAUUUGGUGCCAGAGGAGUAGCUUUUUUAAGAUCAAGUUUCGUGCAGAUCGGUCAUUCGGUGCCAGAGGAGUAGCGUUUUAAGAUCAAGUUUCGUGCAGAUCGGUCAUUCGGUGCCAGAGGAGUAGCGUUUUAAGAUCACGUUUCGUGCAGAUCGGUCAUUUGGUGCCAGAGGAGUAGCGUUUUAAGAUCAAGUUUCGUGCAGAUCAGUCAUUCGGUGCCAGAGGAGUAGUGUUUUAAGAUCACGUUUCGUGCAGAUUGGUCAUUCGGUGCCAGAGGAGUAGCGUUUUAAGAUCACGUUUUGUGCAGAUCGGUCAUUCGGUGCCAGAGGAGUAGCUUUUUUAAGAUCAAGUUUCGUGCAGAUCGGUCAUUCGGUGCCAGAGGAGUAGCGUUUUAAGAUCAAGUUUCGUGCAGAUCGGUCAUUCGGUGCCAGAGGAGUAGCGUUUUAAGAUCACGUUUCGUGCAGAUCGGUCAUUUGGUGCCAGAGGAGUAGCGUUUUAAGAUCAAGUUUCGUGCAGAUCAGUCAUUCGGUGCCAGAGGAGUAGUGUUUUAAGAUCACGUUUCGUGCAGAUUGGUCAUUCGGUGCCAGAGGAGUAGCGUUUUAAGAUCACAUUUUGUGCAGAUCGGUCAUUUGGUGCCAGAGGAGUAGCGUUUUAAGAUCAUGUUUCGUGCAGAUCGGUCAUUCGGUGCCAGAGGAGUAGCGUUUUAAGAUCAAGUUUCGUGCAGAUCGGUCAUUCGGUGCCAGAGGAGUAGCGUUUUAAGAUCACGUUUCGUGCAGAUCGGUCAUUCGGUGCCAGAGGAGUAGUGUUUUAAGAUCACGUUUCGUGCGGAUCGGUCAUUCGGUGCCAGAGGAGUAGCGUUUUAAGAUCAAGUUUUGUGCGGAUCGGUCAUUCGGUGCCAGAGGAGUAGCGUUUUAAGAUCACGUUUCGUGCAGAUCGGUCAUUCGGUGCCAGAGGAGUAGCGUUUUAAGAUCACGUUUCGUGCAGAUCGGUCAUUCGGUGCCAGAGGAGUAGCGUUUUAAGAUCACGUUUCGUGCAGACCGGUCAUUCGGUGCCAGAGGAGUAGCGUUUUAAGAUCACGUUUCGUGCAGACCGGUCAUUCGGUGCCAGAGGAGUAGCGUUUUAAGAUCACGUUUCGUGCAGAUCGGUCAUUCGGUGCCAGAGGAGUAGCGUUUUAAGUUUUUUUUCCACAAAAUUCUGAAUUCGGGAAAAUCCGUCAUGGCAGAGCUUAUGGCUCCCUGAGGCAAAUGUAUUCCUUGUGAGGAGAGGGACCUAUGUACUGAAUUUCAUGACUUUAGGUCAAAUGGGGUUAGCGAUGUGACCAUUCAAAGAUUGCAUUUUCAAUUGCUUGUUAUAGCGCCACCAUCUGGCCAAACAGUGUAAUUUUGUAAAUUACUGAUCUCUAUGGCAAGACGCAUCAUUCAAUAAGUUUUGUCCAAAUCUGGCCAGUGCUGUUUGAGAUAUUGCGUGUAACAAACAUACUAACAAACGGAGACAGAUCCAGAGUCCCCCUCCCCUUCCCGAUUUCAUCGUGGGGGUCAUUUGUCCACAUAACUUCUUCUGUGUGCGAUUUUAAAACAAUUGGUUCAAGGACAUGCAUCUGGCGUAAUAGAACCAAUUAGUGGUACCAUGAUUGUCUUCACAAAGAUUGCCCUUUUCCCAUUCACUGUAAGUGGAGAUCCUGUUUUCUGCAAACAAUGCCUGCAGUAUCGCGGUCGGCCUUGAACUUUGUGGCUUCAAUGAGAGGGGGUAGUCGUUCUCCCCUGGUUUGGUGGCUCACAAGAACAUCAAAAAGGGUCAAUGCCUCAAUGCAAAGUUUUGGAACCACUGAUUUUAGAGUCCCAUUGACAUCUGUACUUUUCCAUGUUGAUGUUUUUCUAUGCAGGAUGUUUUUAUAUUGUCCAUUAAACAGAACCUCUAUGUGGUACCCUGUCACAACAACCUGUGAUUAGCAUCACUGUCCUUUUAGUUGUGAAUGUCAGGGAGUGUUUAUCGGGAAAUACAAAAUGAGAGUCAUAUAAAUGAUCAAGUCUACAAGCUACAGGACAUUGUGUCAUCUUGCUAUUAUAUCGUCUUGAGAGAUUAUUUUAUUACAAUAUAGCUAUACAAUACAACACCAAAAGAAUGGAUACAUAUUAAUUAUAUUUUGUUGCUAUAACUUUAAUUUAUGAAAUAUGAUGAUUGAAAUGCUUGAACUUUAUAGCUAUAAUUCAGUGUGAUUCCCCUGUUGUCUUUGUUAAUUGUGCCUGUGUCUCUCCCAGUCUCCAGUGUUUCAUUGUUCACUUACUGUCAGUUUGCUUAUAGCCACUUAAUUCUUUGCGAAUCCAGGUUUCUUGUUCUGUAGUAGAACAACCCAAAUGAAAAUUGUUAUAAUUAAAGGGUGAAAGGAAAUAUGUUGGUACGACUGUGAAUGUUCUUUCAGAUUAAAUUAAUUUAUGUGUGUAAUUAUGUGGGCAAAAAUAUCAGAUAUAUUUUAUGAACUAUAGCAUAUAAAUCCAUUUUGGUUUGUUUGUACAGUAUUGCAUAAUUUCAAAUAAAGGCCUUUUGGCACCAACAGUGAGCUCCA